AUGGCUCCAACUUUUACCAAUUCAAAUGGUCAACCAAUCCCAGAACCAUUCGCCACUCAAAGAGUAGGUCAACAUGGUCCAUUGUUAUUACAAGAUUUCAACUUGAUUGAUUCCUUGGCUCAUUUCGAUAGAGAAAGAAUCCCAGAAAGAGUUGUUCAUGCUAAAGGUUCUGGUGCUUAUGGUGUUUUUGAAGUUACUGAUGAUAUCACUGACAUUUGUGCUGCUAAAUUUUUAGACACUGUUGGUAAAAAAACUAGAAUUUUCACUAGAUUCUCUACUGUUGGUGGUGAAGCAGGUUCUGCUGAUACUGCUAGAGAUCCAAGAGGUUUUGCUACUAAAUUUUAUACCGAGGAAGGUAAUUUGGAUUUAGUUUAUAACAAUACCCCAGUUUUCUUUAUUAGAGAUCCAUCUAAAUUCCCACAUUUUAUUCAUACUCAAAAGAGAAAUCCAGAAACUCAUUUGAAAGAUGCUAAUAUGUUUUGGGAUUAUUUGACCAGUAAUGAAGAAUCCAAUCAUCAAGUUAUGAUUUUAUUUUCUGAUAGAGGUACUCCAGCUUCUUAUAGAGAAAUGAAUGGUUAUUCUGGUCACACUUAUAAAUGGUCCAACAAGAAGGGUGAAUGGCAUUAUGUUCAAGUUCAUUUCAUUACUGAUCAAGGCAACAAGACUUUAACCAAUGAAGAAGCUGGUUCUUUGGCUGGUUCCAAUCCUGAUUAUGCUCAAGAAGAUUUGUUUAAAAACAUUGCUGCUGGUAAUUACCCAUCUUGGACUUGUUAUAUUCAAACCAUGACUGAAGCUCAAGCUAAAGAAGCUGAUUUUUCGGUUUUUGAUUUAACCAAAGUUUGGCCACAUGGCAAAUAUCCAUUGAGAAGAUUUGGUAAAUUUACUUUGAAUGAAAAUCCAAAGAAUUAUUUUGCUGAAGUUGAACAAGCUGCUUUCUCACCAGCUCAUACUGUUCCAUACAUGGAACCAUCUGCUGAUCCAGUCUUGCAAUCCAGAUUAUUUUCAUAUUCUGAUACUCACAGACACAGAUUGGGUACUAACUAUACUCAAAUUCCAGUCAAUUGUCCGGUUACUGGAGCUGUUUUCAACCCACAUAUGAGAGAUGGUGCCAUGAAUGUUAAUGGUAACUUGGGUAGCCAUCCAAACUAUUUGGCAUCUGACAAGCCAAUUGAAUUUAAACAAUUUUCCCUUCAAGAAGAUCAAGAAGUUUGGCAUGGUGCUGCUACUCCAUUCCACUGGAAAGCCACUCCAGCUGAUUUCAAACAAUCCCAAGAAUUGUGGAAAGUUUUAAAGAGAUAUCCAAAUCAACAAGAACAUUUGGCACACAAUGUUGCUGUUCAUGCAUCUGCUGCUGAUGCUCCAAUUCAAGACAAAGUUAUUGCUUAUUUUGCUAAAGUUUCACCAGAAUUGUCCAACCUUAUUAAAAAGGAAAUUUUGGAAUUAUCUCCAAGAAAAUAA